UCUCAACAGUCUUUUACGCACGGAGAGCGCACGGAGAGUUUGCCAGCGAGCAUGCAUGGGGGUCGCUCCCUUUCAGGCUGUCCAUGGCCUCCUCGCCCCGGCGGGCAACUCCGAGACUCUACCAAAGCUUCCUGAUCCCCCUUUUCUCUCUCUCUACCUUUCAUAUGAAGAAACAAGCCGGCGUUACGUCAGAAAGUGCAGGGCAAGCAAGACUGCGUCUUAGGAGCUAUUCGUAGGCAUUGCUGCCAAACCCGGCUUGGGGCUGCUCACGAGCUCACUGCAGCCAAUGCAAUUUACAAAUCCAACUGUUUCAAAACUGCAGCAGUAUGUGGUAAGUCCAUAUUCAUUCAUACUGUUUUAUUUUACCCGCUGGGGGAUUUUUUUUCGCUGCUUUCUUCACAUGACAGGUCUCUGUUGCUGGCACAAUUGCGCAAAGACAACGCCAACAGUUUGGCGUAAAGAUAAAAGAGUAGGCUGGUUUUGCCCUGUAUAGCCUGAGUGAAAACACCAUGACAUGAUGAAGCAACAGAGACUUUUGACGCACAGAGAUUUCUGCAGAUUCUUUUGUGUUUUAAUUCUUUGCUCAUCUUAAAAAAACAAAACAAAAAAACAACAUGCCCCACGCUCGUAAUAGGAACCCUAGCCCCAUCCCAGAGGUAACAUGGGAUACAGGUUUGAAAGAGAUGAACGAGACCUGGAAAGGAGCUAUCGCCUGUCUCGGAGUGGCCGUCUUCUUCGUAAUGACCAUCGGGAUCAUUUACUGGCAAGUGGUGGACCAGCCCAACAAGAACUGGAUCCUCAGGGGGACUUUUAGCGGACUGAUCUGGGAGAGAAGAACCCACUCGCUGGUCAUACAGACACUAACGGAGGACAAGACCUUUCUGGAAAUAGAUGUGGGGAACGUGGGGAACCCUGACAUCGAGGUUCCCUUCGUGAGGAACCUGUGCUGGCUGAACAAAACGGAGUUCUGCUAUACGUGGGACUCAGUGGCCGAAGUGAAGAUCUCGCUGGAUGUGAACGAGGAGACGGAGACGGAGUGCUACAGUAUGACUUGGACGCCGGUGCUCUGUCAUGUGGAGCUGAAGGACUGCUUCUCCAUGACCAAUGUGUCCUGGUAUGGUGGAGCCAGUGUGCAGGGUCAGACAUGGCCCAUCAAUGAUCAAAAUGCCACCAUGCAGCCCUUCACUGUCAGCGAUCUGAAGGACAACCCCUCAGGCUUCGGCUCGGCCCUGGAGCGCUACUUCCUGGGCUCAUCAGGUGUUGCAGUUCUUGUUUCGCCUGAUAUCCCCCUGCAGCUCGGGGUGGACAGCAGACAGCAGUUCUGCCUGCAGUCACUGCCCGGUAUGGAGCGACUCCCUCUACAGUACACUGUGUGUGUGGCCCGCGACGUGAAAGCUGCUCACCAGGAAGCUGCACAGCAACUGUCCCAGCACAGCAGGGAGCUGCCCAACAUGAAAGCGCUUUGGCAGCCAUUCUGGAAGCUGCUCACUAACGUGGACUCGGGCCCGAAGGUGGAGAGGGAGCUGAGGAUCUUCUCCAAUCGUCUGAAGAGACACCAGCUGGGCGAGGGAGUCAUCAGCCUCAAUGAACAUUCCACCACUCUCCUCUCUGAUAUGGACCAUGACUACUGUAACGUCAGGAAAAGGGGGAUGUCCAAGAGACUGACCAGGGACCUCCCACUUGUCAAGCUUCUUAACAUUUCCAUCACCCUGUCCCCUUUCCUCGGUGUGGACACCACACAGUUCCACACCUCCCUCAAGGACGGCACCGAGGCCUUUUGGCUCAGUCUCCCCUCGGCUCCUCAGGGACAGCUGAUCCCUGUCAUGAGUCGGUGGCAAGGACGGUUCUGUGUAAAGCUGAACAUCACCAACCCAGGAGCGGUGAGCUGGUUCCUGGACAGAGUGGGGUCCCUGCAGGCCCAUUUGGGGAUGGAGUACGUCAUGCUGGAGGGGGGUGAGGGGAAUCUGUUUGAGGAGCAGGCCCUGCGAGCACCGCAGGAUCUGAGUGGAGACAAGUACAUCAGGCUGCUUGCUGACCUGGCCACAAGGAUAGGAGACUCUACCAUCGUGACAGCAGGAACACGGUCGAGCCACAAGCCGCUGUUUGUGAGGAUGACCCCGUUGCAGUCUGACUGGAGUCUGAUGGGCCUGAAGGGCAUCAUUCCCUCCCUGCUGCACCAUACUCUGCUGGGAUACAACUUCCUCAUUCCUGAUGCAGUAGGUGGCUCUCUGUCUGGAGAUCUGGUCACAGAUGAGGAGUUGUUUAUCCGUUGGUUGGAAAUCGCAGCCUUUCUCCCUGUCAUCAGCUUCCACACAGCACCCUGGGUUUACGGGAACGCUCAGGUGAUAAACCUAACUCAGGCCUACAUCGUGAAGCACCAGAGGGACGUGGUCCCCCUCAUAGAAAAGUAUGCCGAGGAGUGGCAGAUGACAGGAAACCCCAUCUACCGGCCGAUGUGGUGGCUCAGUCCCAGUGACCCCAUGACUUUCACCAUUGAUGACCAGUUCCUCAUAGGAGACAAGGUCCUGGUGGCACCAGUGGUGGAGAAGGGAGCAGUGAGGAGGGAUAUUUAUUUACCUGACGGGGGCUUCCAGUGGCAGGACAGCCAGAACGCUCAGGUGUUUGAUGGGGGGACGUUCCUACAGGACUACCCUGUGCCCUUGGAGGAGGUGGCUGUUUUCGUAGGACGAAGCUGAGUCAUGUGAUAUCCACAUAGUCACCUGACCUAUCCUGUUACUGUUUUGAAUCAAAUUCUUUUUUUAAAAAAAUACUUGUGCUCUUCUCAACUUGCACUUUUCCACUAAAGACCACUGACCCUGUCUCGAGGCUCUGCCCUGAGAUGACAUGUAGAAAGAUUUUUUUUUUAUACUUGCACUUUACAGUUCAGAAUCAUUUG